AAAACCCUAACCAGGUGAGUGUGAUUGAGCGUUGAACGUUGAUGAUGGCGUGCAAUGGCAGUGGCGGGUGCCAAUCCGGUUGCUACAAAGACGAAGAAGAGACACGCAACGAACCAACAGAGUCUGCAGAAACCGAUUCGAGAAGCUCUGGUAGUAUCUGCAUCAAGUGCAAGCUAAACGACGCCGUUUCCGGCUACGGCGGCAUCGACGAUGGUCGUUUCUGCGCUGAUUGCUUCAGGAGCAACUUGUUCGGGAAGUUUCGCCUCGCCGUCACAUCCAACGCCAUGAUUUCACCCACUGAUAAGGUCCUCGUUGCCUUCUCUGGUGGCCCUUCUUCCAGGGUAGCUUUGCAGUUUGUGCAUGACAUGCAAGAGAGGGCCCAAAAGAACUUUGAUGCUAGUAGAGAUAGGUCGCUGCCGGUGUUUGGUGUUGGAGUGGUGUUUAUUGAUGAGAGUGUUGUUAUGCCGAUUCCUUCUCAUGAAAUGGAGGAGGCUGUUGAAGUUAUUAGUUCGGUUGUGUCGAGUUUAGCCCCGCCGAGGAAGGAUUUACAUCUUGUUCCUAUUGAGAUGGUUUACUCCUCGGAUUCUAGUGAUGGAAAGGAGAGAAUGAUGAAGCUUGUGAACUCGGUGAGUGAUCCUACUGGAAGGGAGGAUCUGUUGCUUCAUCUGCGUAUGUUGGCCCUGCAAAAGGUUGCUUCUGAAUAUGGGUAUAACAGAAUUGUUCUAGGAUCAUGCAUUUCCAGGAUCGCUGCCCAUGUCAUUUCAGCCACAGUGAAGGGUCAAGGAUAUUCAUUAUCUGCAGAUAUACAGUAUGUUGAUGCUAGAUGGGAGAUUCCUAUUGUGCUUCCUCUGCGUGAUUGUUUUGUCCAAGAGAUCAACAUGCUUUGCCGGCUUAACGGUCUAAAGGCUUUGAAAUUGUCUUCAGGUCCAAGCUCUAGCAUUAAUGGCUUGGUCUCAUCUUUUGUGGCAUUAUUGCAGGAAGAAAACCCAUCUCGAGAGAGCACAAUUGUAAGAACAGCUGGGAAACUUAUUCCCUUCCAAUUCAACAGGAUUCCUGAGAUCAUUGAUGGUAAUGUUCCCUUGGCAACUCGAAGACGCCAGAAAAGAUAUAAUCUCAAAUCCAAUGAAUCUGUUUCCUCGGAAUCUUUCUGUCCUCUUUGCAACAGCCCACUUGACAAGAGUGAGAUUGUUGAUUGGAGCAAUCUCGAUGAUCGCAGAAGUAGUGACAUUUUUUACACUACCUGCUGUUCAAGUUGUCAGUUUCAGAUACUUCCACAAGAUUCCAAGUCAGUUGAGCAAUUUUAUAUGGAUUUACCCCAAUCAGUGGUUGCCCGUGCAAAGCAACCCAACAAUAGUAAUUUGAACGUUCUUAGGGAACAAAUACAAGAUUGCUUGCUUUCAGAUGGUGAAGAUGAAACUUAGGUUUACUUGUCUGCACUGGGGCUCUCAGUUGAAGGGAUAAGUACUGGUUUUGGUAAAUUUACAGUUUGAGUGACUUAGGAGAAGUGUGUUGUUUUUGGCCUCUUGCAAUACAAAGAGAGUUCUUGGAAGAAGGCAAUGAAGUUAAGAACAGAAUGCUGGGGCAUCAUGGUAUCUUCAUUCUCAAGAUUCUGCUUUCAAGUUCAUUUGUUUCUUUUGUAAUUUAUGGGAAAUGUUUGACCCCGACAAAAAAAUAGAGAAUAAUUAUUUUGCAAUUUGUGACAUUAUCUCCAGAGAAUGUUUCAUGUUGAAAAAAAAUUCUCAGGUGAGAAUAAAGGGAUAAAUCCUGAUUGGUUAAAAUUAAAAUAUAAGUCACAAUAUUUUUUGAGGUUAA